AUUCAGAAAAUGGUGUAAAACAAACGAAAACGAACGCAUUAUCGACACUGGAAAUGAGUUUCUGAUGUAGUUGCAGAACUAAAUAAAAUAUGAGGCGAUAACAGUUGCAACGUGUUUUAGUUAUGCGUACCUAUUUUAUAGUAGAAUGAAAUGCGUGAGAUUUGACAUGUUAAGUUUUAAGAUUUUCCUACUGUUCUUGAUGCCAUUAAUUGGCCAGGCGUAUAACAGGCGAGCUCCACCAGAAACGAAAAUCACUAAACCCUUCAUGAUGCCAGACAAUAUUGACACAGCUUUGGCUAAUCAACUGAAAGUCCCAAACAAGGCUUUCUGCCAGAAGAUGGCUCUACGCGACGCCGAUUUCUUCAUGGUGAUGCCAUGGUGGUACCACUAUUGUGAAGGUCUGAAAGAAAAAGAAGAGAAUACGAAUCAUAAGGCAAGAUUACUGCGGCCUUACCAGAAAGUCUUGCGUAAGGUACAGGAUUAUAAAAAGAGGCAAAAAAUUUGGAACGAAGUUGCAUCUGUUUUACGACCUGCAAGAUUAUAAAUAAAAAAAAGGAAAUGACUCGAUAA